GGUACACCCUGAAUUGGUUGCCAGCCAAUCGCAGGGGGGAAAAAGGCCCAAAACAAUUAUUUAAUGUUCCUCACAGGAGUUCGCAGCAAGGGUGAAUGGAAAGCCCACAGCCGGUUCAACGACACUGCCGCUGCGGCUUCCGUCACCGACGUGACCGGAGCGCCUCCUCCACAUUGCUCGGAAAAUCUCCCCACCGCAAACCAGCCGCUGUCGUCCCGGCGACGAGAUGCCACGCCGGUGUCGACAUGACGUGGACACCCGGCCUUCCUUGCUGGUUCUCGUCAGCUCGACGUGACGAGUCUCCGCUUCCGUAAAGCGAACAAGGACCCUCGAAGAUAGCGUUCCCGUGAAUACAAUUCUACUGGGUGUCGCUAUGAAGAGGCGGUGACCAGCUUGUGGUUGUUUGACGGGUGGGUGGGAAAGGAAGAAUGGGCCGGAGUGCGGCAGGCUGCUGGUACAAUGGCGUCAUCGUCGUCCCCACCGCCGUGCUCUACGGUUCCUUGGCCCUCUUCACCUCCGUCCUGCACAAUGUCUUCCUACUCUACUACGUGGACACCUUCGUGUCCAUAUACAAGAUCGACAAAGUCUCUUUUUGGCUGGGAGAGACCGUGUUCCUGCUGUGGAACAGUCUCAACGAUCCUCUCUUCGGCUGGCUGAGUGAUCGCGCCUUCCUCAGCUCUCCUCAGAGCGGCUCCCAGGUGACGUCUCCAGAGGUGGUCCUCAAGCGGCUCCACGCGCUCUCGUCUAGCGGGCCGCUCUUCGCCCUAUCCUUCCUGGCCUUCUGGGUGGCGUGGGCCAGACCGGGCCUGCAGUUCCUGCUCUGCCUGUGCCUGUACGACGGCUUCCUGACCAUGGUGGACCUCCACCACAGCGCCCUCAUGGCCGACCUGGCCGUUUCGGCCGCCGACCGCACGCGCCUCAAUUUCCACUGCUCGGUGUUCAGCGCCCUGGGAUCCUUCUCCGUCUUCCUGUCCUACUCCUUCUGGGACAAGGAGGAUUUCUAUGCCUUUCGACUCUUCUGUGUGACUCUUGCCACCUUCUCCAUCGUGGGCUUCUUCCUUGUUACCCGGUUGUUACAGCGACGCUUUCAAAAGAAAGUUCGCCCCAGACUGGAUGAGGCGCACGCGCUCGAAGAGCUGAGUGUUGGCGACGCCCCCCUCACCUCGCCAGAGCGGCCCGUCACCAUCCGGCAGUACCUCAAACAGCUCUCCAGACACAAAAACUUCAAGUGGUUUGUCACCAUGAACCUCCUCCAGGUGUUUCACUGCCACUUCAACAACAACUUCUUCCCUCUCUUUCUGGAGCACCUGCUGUCAGACAACAUCUCCGCCUCCACAGGCUCGAUCCUCCUCGGCAUCUCCUACGUGGCACCGCACCUGAACAACUUGUACUUCCUGACACUGUGCCAGCGCCACGGCGUCUACCAGGUCAUCCGCUGGCUCUUCAUGCUCAAGCUGGGACUGAGCGUGGCCAUGCUGCUGGCGGGCGCCGACCGUGUCUAUUUGCUUUGCAUCUUCAUCGCCAGCAACCGAGUGUUCACGGAGGGAACCUGCAAGCUGCUGAAGCUGGUCAUUUCUGACCUGGUGGACGAGGACUUUGUGGUCAACCGGCGACAGCAGGCGGCGUCAGCUCUGCUCUUCGGCAUGGUCGCCCUCCUCACGAAGCCCGGACAGACGUUUGCUCCCCUCAUCGGCACCUGGCUGCUGUGUGUCUACACGGGCUAUGAUAUUUUCCAAAGGGAACCGGUCAAGGACUCCACUGUGGACGUGUCCUCAGGUGCGGGGUCGCCACCGCUGCGCUUGGGCUGCUUCCACAUGCUGGUGUUUGUGCCCAUCACCUGCGCCCUGCUGCAGCUGGCCGCCUGGUCGCGCUUCACGCUGCACGGGCGCAAGCUGCAGGGAAUCAAGAGCUCCAGGCAAGGUGCCCAAAAUGGCAGCAUGGUGGACGUCAAGACCAUAUAACGUGGACUUAGCCGAGCAGCACACAGACACUUUUUUUUUUUAGCUGUUGUCUUUUCGGCUUCCUGGAAGUCGAGGCCUAGAAAAGAAAACGCAGCACAAUGACUGCUCUGCUCUUUGGGGUGCAUAUUUUGAAUAAAUGACACCUGCCUUAUUUUUAAACAGAGUUUUACAUUGUAUUUAUACCGUAACAGGUGACUACAGAAUUAAGAGGACCAAGACAUAUUAUGCCAACUAUCGGUUCAUAAUGAACAUCCACUUGGUUCUAACAUCAGGGGAAGAAUACAAAUCUUUGUAUUUAAAUUGUAUUUGUAUUUUUGUCUUUAAACAGUACUGAAAUUAAUGAAGUCCGUGGGGUUAUAGUUUACAGAAAGCGUUGAAGUAUGUGUUCAGAUACCACUGCCGUUUUGCCUUGUGAUCACGGUGACCAACUUCAUUGAGCACUGCCACGUUUUAAUAUUUGAGAUUUGAGCUCGACUAUCAGUGAUUAAGCUUUUUGUCAACUUAAGAGAUUUUAACUUCGAAUGUGUGCCAUUGCCCCAAAACAAUAAAAUCUC